UAUGAAAGACACAAAUCCGCAACAGCAAAUAACAGAUUGCUGACAAAUAUUUGAGAUUUAGUAGUAGUGGAUAUGUUGUACGCACAACAGCAUCGGAGCAUCGUCACAGCGACAACAUUGUACUGCAAAUUUACGGACAUACGACACAAGUAACAACAACAAAAGGCCGGCAACAAGUCACAUCGUGUCGAACCAUUCCCAGUGUAAGAACUAAAAUUGCUGCGCAUAAAUUUUCAUUUUAUAUUGAAAGUGAAAUAUUCUGUCGAAUUUAAUUUUUAUCGGUUCUCCAAAAAAGUGUUCGGAACAACAAAUCGGACACAUCAAAUGACGAAGAAGAAUAUGGACACAUUUUAGUUCUUACACUGGGAAUCGGUCACAAACCGACCACAAGCGAUGUCAGAGUCCGGAAAAUAUGAAUACAAAGGAUCGUUUGUGGCCUUUGCAACCAGUACUAUUCCAUUGUGCGCAUAUAAAUGUCAUUUUUUUCUCUUUUCACGGUGAUCAACGAUAUCAACGCUACUACUACUACUACUACUACUACUACUACUACUACUACUACUACUACCAAAUCUCAAAUUAAAGCAAUGUUGUCAACUUGUUGUGGUAAACCGACACGAGUUGUACAAGCAUCCGAGGUGCCCAAAUCAUAUUUCAAGCACUUUUAUGUGUUUGCCAUUGUAUGGGCUAUUCUAAUAUUUAGUUUAACAUUCAACUUAUAUGUGCUGGGUACAACGGUGCCCGGAUUCGUCAUCGAUGCAUUAGAUUUCUUAUAUGGAAAAGAUCGUGUUGCGAACAUAUCAGCGUUUACAGCACUUCAAACAACCUUUUUGCUAACAUUGCAAUGUGCACGUCGUUUCUAUGAAACUCAGUAUAUUCAAGUAUUUUCCAAACAAGCCAAAAUCAAUUUUGUACAUUAUUUAGUCGGCUAUCUACAUUACUUUGGCGCAUUUCUUGCAAUCAUUAGCCAAGCACCCGGUUUUGUUCGUAGUCCGCAAGCAGAAGAUCUUACAUAUAUUCACAUUGACAUGGUAUACCAAGAGAAAUUCCUUUAAAAUUUGCUUUUCUAU